GAAGAGGAAAAGUCGAGGGGACUGUGGGAGUCCCUGCGCGCGGUAGUUCGGGAGGUGAGGUCAGGCGUUUCCCCUUUGACUGGCCCCUUUAUUUUUUAAAUCCCCAGCAUCGAGUGUUUUUUGCACGCUUAUUACUCUUUUGUUAGGGGGAUAUUACACUGUUCAGGUGGAUGAACAAGUACUGCGUGCGCUGAUCGAGGUUUGUGGUGGAAAAACAAGCAGUGAUCUAUAGGAAAACAGUGAUGGUGGACAAUUCCAGUAGCAGCAAAACGCAAGUGCCCAGCUUGUCUCAGGACAGCGGUCUGGCCGGUGCUUUUUCCCAAGCAGCUUUUGGAAAUUCAGCCGGUGUCAAACUGGAGGCAGUAAUGGAGCAACUCCAGAGACAACAAGCAGCCAAACUGGAGAUGGAGCGCAAAGAGAGACAUCUCAGGGAAGCCCAUAUUCUGUACGCCCAACAGCUGGCGGCACAGCAAGCCAUCAUGGCCUCCGCCAGAGCUCAAGGCCCCCUGUUGAACCCUGAUUUUUACAGUAAAAACUCCCGUGACAGAGCGCUAAAAGGCGGACAGGGGCCCCCAGCUGCCAGGGGACCCAUAAAGAGCAGCGCUGACCUAGAGGAAGACGUUUCUGAUGAGAUGGACAGAGGAAGAGGGUCUGAAGGAGACGAAGAUGACGAUGAUGAGAUGAUGGAUGGAGAUGAUAUCAGCGAAGAUGAGGAAAGCGAAGGCUUGGAGUUCCUCCGGAAGCAAAGCCUCGCUCUUCAGCAAGCGGCAGUCGGGGUCCCUUCCUACACGUACCCGACGUACGCAGCCUCACCCUCCGCUGCUAAAAAACGCCCCCGAUCUCCGUCCACCAAGGUGAAGGAUGAACCCGAAGAUUCCCUUAGUGAUCAACAAUCGUUCACCACACCAAACGGACUGGGCGACUGGAAUCUCGAUGACUCAUUCAAACAGAAUGGGAAUUCGAGUUGGAACGAGGACGGCGAUGGGGGGAGAAGCCGAGGGGAAGCCUCCAGAGACUUUGCCAAGCUUUACGAACUGGACAAUGACCCAAAACGGAAGGAGUUCCUUGAUGACCUCUUUGCUUACAUGCAAAAACGAGGUACACCUGUCAAUCGGAUCCCCAUCAUGGCCAAGCAGGUGCUGGAUCUGUAUAUGCUGUAUAAACUGGUGACUGAGAAGGGAGGUCUGGUGGAGGUGAUAAACAAGAAGAUCUGGAGGGAGAUCACUAAAGGCCUGAACCUACCCACCUCCAUCACCAGCGCUGCCUUCACCCUUCGCACACAGUAUAUGAAGUAUCUGUACCCAUACGAAUGUGAGAAGAAGGGUCUGAGUUCCCCAGGAGAGCUCCAGGCGGCCAUCGACAGUAACCGCAGAGAGGGCCGCCGUCCCGGCUACAGCAACAGCCUCUACCGCUUUUCUCCUUCUCCUAGUGCCUCAGCACCUCACCUGCUUUCCCCUCCCAAAAUGCACCUGCCCGCCACUGGUCACAAUGGACUUCAGGCCACCCCCAGUCCGGGCCUGAAGAAAGCCACAGUUCCAGAGGACGGUCCAGCCUCCAUGUUGCCAGGGCGACUGCCCUUGGCUUUGGCUCUGGGACAUCAGCAGCAGUUGGCACGUGCUGCCACCCUGGAGCAGCUGAGGGAGAGGCUUGAGACGGGCAUGGGGGCCGGGGCGGUGAGCUCGGGGGCCGCUGCUCUGGAGGGGCCAGAAAGAAAAAUGGCACGUCUGGCGGAGGAGCAGCAGAGGCUACUGCAGCAGGCUUUCCAACAAAACCUGCUGGCCAUGGCGUCGCAGGUGAACCCCGCUAACCUGCGGAUGAACACUGCCAACACACGUGAGGAAAAGCAAGACUUGUCUCUCAGCAUUUCUUCGAAUGGCUCUGCCAGCAUUACUGUGUCUGUGGAGGUCAACGGGAUUAUUUACUCAGGAUCCUUAUACGCCCAAAGGUCAUCUGCAAGCAUCCCCACCUCUGCCAUGCCCACAGGCCACACCUCCACCCUCAGCCCAGGCAUCCCUUCAUCCUCCUCAUCCUCUUCCUCAAAAGGCCCUGACUCUUUGGAGCAGGCCACAGGCGGGUCACCCUAAACCAACUCCCCCGUACCAAACAACCAGUCAGUCCCGCCUUACUACAACCAGCGUGAGCCACUCUGCCCUCUAGAGGCAGAAAAAGGAAUCACCACCACAAACCUGCAGCUGUUUAUCUUCCAGUGAAGGAAAGACCACACACGCAUACAAACUCAUCAGCUGUUUAACCUCAACACGGACCUCGCCUGCUCUUUUCUACAAGUCUUCGUGAUGUUUUCUCAGGACUGAGAAGGUUUUAAGAGAUUCGCGAUUUAACGAAAUACCUCAUCUGUCUUAAUCCCAGCGCUGACGUGGGUGAACGCGCUGCAAUCGCGGCGUGAUCAAAUCUACUUCUGCCAAAAAAAGUCACAUUUGUGAGGUUGUGGUUGACAUUUUUCCUGUCUAUUAAUUCUCUUAUUUAACGUUUGCUGAAUUUAAUACCUAAUCUGCAGUGAAAGACUCAGGAUGUGUUAUUAUGAUAGUGCUGUGUUCUAUUUCGAUUGAUUUUAAUAACAUGCUACAAUCCACAAAGGACAAAUUGUGAAGUUGGUUUGGUAAGAAAAGGGGGUCACUUUCUUUUCUUUCUUUUUUUUAAAUGUAUUUUAUUUUUUUCUAUUUCCGUUUUUAGUUUCUAGAUACAGAAAUAUUAUUAUGAUUUGAAAAGAGUUUUUGAGUGCAUUUUACACAGCUGAGAGAUUUGUUAUUAUUUAGACAUAUUUACAGUCGACAAAUAUUUUGGUUGGAUGAUUUUUUUCUCUACCUCAGACACAAGUCAAUGUAAUGGUUGCAAAGAAACCAUGUGAACGGGCGCUGCUGGCGUGACGUCACACAAGUCAAUCAUUUCUGUGCGUCGGACGAUCAUGUACGGGCUCGUAAAUAAGGGCCAUUAUUAUUAUUAUUGUACAAUUUAUUUACUCUGAUGGGGUGCAUACGAGUUCUUUAAACCUACUUAAAAACCAGGUCACGGAAAAGCAGGAUGACAUUCAAAUCGUAGGAGGAUUGAAUGUUUUUUCUUUUGUAUUUUUAAUUGUUAAACUUCAAACCUCACGUAUCUUUCCAUAUUGGAAAGCAAAUUUCUCAGGAAUUUGUUUUUGUUUUUUAUUUUUCAUAGAUUUUAACCUCAGAACCAAGAUUCAGUCUCACGUCUGAAAGAUAAAACACUAGAUAUAUAUAACUCGGUCAGUGUGGGACUUAAAUAGCUACCUCAGUCAAUAUUUACCUUCGAUGUAGUUUCAACUGCCUGCAGUACAUCACAGAAUACCUCGGAAAAUCCCUUUUCCUUAAUCUCUCAGGUAAGAAAUGAGCAAAAUACCUCAUAAAAUGUAAAGAUUGUAGAAGACAGAACAACGUUAAUACUAGUACGUGUGAAAUGAGAAUAUUGUUUGAAGAAUUACAUUAUCUCAUGUCCGGGAAGUAUUGAAAAUCACAUGAUCUGUCUUCCAGUAACUAACUUACACUUAACGAAAGAUAUGAAGCGAAACAGAAUAGUCGGCGUUGCGUGAAAUAUUCACGUACCGAUAUAAUCGAUUAGCUUUACAUUUUAUUGGUCAUAAUCCUGCGUUUACUUGACUCUGGGACCUGCUGGGAUACAGACACUUUUAAUUUCUACUUUCUUUAUUCCUCAGACAACUGCAUAGCUAUAAUACCAAAGAUCAUGUGUUUGUUAUCCACUUUGAUGACCUCACUGUAUAAACACGUGCAACUUGACACAAUGAAAUUAAAGUUUGAUCUGAUGCAACA